UAUUUGCUGUACACUACUGAAAUUAUCAAUUAAUUGUACGUAUCCCAUGUCUUUGUUUUGUAAUCGAAGGACGCUUGCUGAAGACUGGGCGUAGGCAGGCUUAUGGCCACAUUCAUUAAUAAUGUUUGGUUUCAUGAUGGUUAAAAUCGUAUGAAUCUCAGUACAUAGUAGGAGAGAUAAAGACGGACGAAGAACAAAAUGGAUCAAUAAAUCCAUAAUUUCAUAAAAAAAAUCUGUAUUCCAAUGAGGUUUGUACAGCAUGUAUGCAGUAUUGGAACAAAACCCAGCAUCCAGAAGUGAUUGCUGCAUUCGAUCCCUAUGCUGGAAGGGUUCCGUUCCUACCAGUGAAAAAGACAAGACGCACGUACGGAAACGAUGUGUAUCGGAAGGAUGGCUGGCUAGCGGCAAUGUCAAAGGGAUAAUCGGGGCCACAUUCACAACUAGUCAUUGCAAGAAAUCAUACAACUCUCCAUCUAGGACGAAUUUUAAUCUUAGAGGGCACAAUAGUGAGGUGGUACUAGUGCGUUGGAAUGAACCAUUUCAAAAAUUGGCAACUUGCGACAGCGAAGGCAUCAUCUUUGUAUGGAUUAAAUAUGAAGGAAGAUGGUCAAUAGAACUAGUCAAUGACCGUGCAUGUCAGGUCAGUGACUUUGCAUGGACUCAUGAUGGACGAACCGCCUUGAUUUGCUAUAAAGAUGGAUUUGUAUUGGUAGGCUCGGUUGCAGGUCAGCGCUACUGGUCAUCGAUGCUGCAGCUGGACGGCCGACUUACCUGCGGAACAUGGUCACCAGAUGACAAACAGGUUAUUCUUGGUACAAACAGUGGUCAAGUUAUGAUUAUGGACAUUCAUGGCGCUGUUGUUCUUCAGUCAAUGCUUUGCGAGAACCGUGAAAUUAGGACAAUUAUGUGGUCGGUUGAAAAGUUCCGCAUGAUAAACGUCAUUGAAGACACGGAAGAUAAACCAGAACGAAGAAGGAAAAAAAAUAAUGUUGCCAAGCGCAGAAGCAGUAGGAAGCAUCUAUCAGUCAUGGCUGUUGAUAUUGGGAAUGGAGAAAUUCAAUUGAUGAAAUCUCAUGAAGAUAUCACGCCUAUUUUGAUAAAAACUGGAAUGAAAGAUAAUGUAAUGGAAUGGAGCAACUGUGGGUCAUUCCUCGCCGUAGGAGGAGUAAUGGAAUCUAAUGGGAAUAGCGUGGUUCAGUUCUAUAAUGUUCAUGGUCAUAUACGAUUCUCACUGGAUGUCAGCUCACAGAAUCCUCUCUCGGCCUUAACUUGGGGUCAUGAUGAUAAACGCAUUUUCGUGGCAUGCGGUGCUCUUCUCCAUGUUGCGUGGGUAGAGAAACAGAUAGCGCCAUUACAGAUUUUAUGUAGAGAAGCGGUUGUAUCAAUUAUGAAGGAGGAGAAGGCAGUCAACAGCCUGACAUUACCUGGAAGGCUUAAACAUUUCGUUUCUGAGAGAUAUUUCAGUACAGUAAAGGGAUGUAUUCCAGAUCCGUGUAAACUUCGUGAAUUCAUAAGUCGACCACCCCCCAGUAAUGAACGUCUGCAUUGUACAAUGGUUAAAACCGGAGAGGAGACGAGCAACUCAAAUCCCUGUUACACACUCUUCUUGGAAUACCUUGGCGGCUUGGUGCCUCUUCUAAAAGGGAGAAGAAUCAGCAAACUUUGUACCGAAUUUGUUAUUUAUGAUCCGAAAGUUAACAAUGAGAUGAAGAUUUCCAAUGAGGAGCAAGGCUAUGUGAAUGACAAGGUAGUAAGCAGUUCUUGCUUUCAAACGACUGAUGAGCAAAAACAUCUUCAGACCAAUGGAAGUCUAGAUGAUAAUUAUGACAAUCUCUUUAUAGACAAUCUUCCUCAGCAUGAAAAAUUAGUUGAAGUGACAUCUAACAUAUGGGGCACCAAGUUCAAGAUCCAUGGGGUAGCUUCCUUUCUGCCUGCCAACAUGGGCCAAGUUAACUACAAGACUAGUCUACUGCAUCUGCAGCCUAGGCAGAUGAGUAUUGCAUUGGUGCAGUUAACCGAUCAACUUCAAUAUAGUUCAGACACGUCAUUGAAUUUAAACUCAUUUAGCGAUGAUGAGGAUUCAGAUGAUGCUAAUGAUAAAAUUGACCCUAAAACCUGGCAACCACCUCUGAAAGAAGUGACAGUUGCCCCAGCCAACAAUUUUAAUAAGAGUAGGAUUACGAAACAAGUUGAAUCAACGGGUAAAGAGGAGAAACACCAAUCUCCUCUUCAGGCGUAUCAUGAUUAUGAAGUAGAUGGUAAUGGUCAUUGUGUAAAUCAAGGAUUAAUGCCAAAGAAUGUUGAUAAAUCAUUGUAUAUUAAACAAGGUGCAAUACCAAAAGGGUUAGGAUCUAGCCACGUCAAUUCAAAUCAUGUUUUAAAUACAGCAGCUUUUCUAAGUGACGGCGAUGAACUGAUCGAAAAUGGCGCACAUGCGGAAUUUUCGAAUCUAGGCUUGGAGGACAGCGAUUGUGAGGAGAGGUGGGCGCAAGCAAAAACAAAAAAUAAUGUUAAGGGAUUAGAUCCUCAAAUGUGUACUACUAAUGGACCUCGGAAUUCAUCUCAUAAACAUAAAAAAAUUUGUCAAAAUCAGGCGUCAGAAUCAAGUAAUCUUGCACCGGAAGAACUCAAUUUUCCAGCUUCAGAUUCCGGUGCCUACGAUCAGGUUGAGAUUGAUGUCACAGAAACGGAACGGCUGAUUUCCAAUGGGCAUACCGGAUCGGCUGUAGCAAAGCAAAAGUAUCCCAUUCCAUUUAGAAAUCCAAAGGCUGGCGACGUUAUUGCAAAUAAUGUUAGGGUACGGGCACCGUUACAGGCAACGCAUGUUGACGAUUCUCAUAAACCAGUUGAAAUGAACGUAAAAAUGCAACAGCCAAUGCCGAAAAACGUUGGCGAAAUGAACGGUGUACAGAUUGUCGAUGGCAAUGCUGCUAAGGUUAGUAAAAAGGCGAAAUUGAUGCAGGAGUAUUCGUUAAGCAAAGCCGAAGUACACUUCAUGCACAACAAAGCGCCCCUCUGGAAUGAGAAUACUCAGGUUUAUCAGCUCGAUUUCGGUGGCAGGGUAACGCAAGAAUCCGCAAAGAACUUCCAAGUUGAGCACAACGGGAAACAGGUGCUGCAAUUUGGCCGUAUUGAUGGACAUGCCUACACGUUGGAUUUCCAGUAUCCCUUCUCCUCAAUACAAGCAUUUGCUGUUGCCUUGGCAAAUAUAACUCAAAGGCUGAAGUAACAGCAGAUCUGAUAAAAUUUAAAGUGCAUAUACUGGACAUGAUGUAGCUCUUUCCCUGACAUUUGUACAAUAUUUCUAUUUCCAUAGUACUCCGAUAUAUGAUAUAUAUUUUUAUAUGUUUAAUAGAAUGUCAUGUUUAAUGAAUUUAGUGAAAAUAGUAAGAAUUAUGUGGUAAAAUUGUGACCACUGGGGUACAUUGUUUCUAUCAGAAUAAAGCAUUAUUCGGGGGAUAGGCUGGCUUCAUCCUGGGGAAGGUGGGUAGGGGGUGGGGGUGGAGGAAAUUGAGAAUGCAGAACAGGGAGUGGUGUGAAAAUUGAGAAUGUGGAAAUAAAUCCCUAUUCCAAUAAAAACUUAUGGUUAUUUUUAGUAUUUGAACUCAGUGGAACUAACUUGCUGCCAUGGGAAAGUGGGGUUCUACCCCUUUCCCCCUCCCCCAGCCUAUGCCUGAGUUGUAAUUUGGGUAAAAUUUCAUCAGAUUAUUUAAUGUCCUAUUUGCAUGUUGAUGUUAUGAUGUCAUAUAUUACUGCACACAGGUUUUAAAGUACUGUACAGCAAUUUAUUAUUUUUUUAAACCAGUAUUGUAUUCAUGAUAAAAGUGUCUAUAUGUGAUGCUUUAUAAUUUAUACCAUUGUGAGACUGCACUAUGUAAGUCACAUAAUGAGAAUAAUACCCGAUUUAAGCCACAUUUACACUGGACAUAAUUACUACACGACAACAUAUCAUCGUGUAGUUUGUAUUCUUCAACACUGCCCACAUAUGUAUUGCGUCGUCGUGUCGUAAUCGUGUCUUGUUAAUGUGGCUUCACAUGAGAAAUGUUAAGCCAUGUCCAGACUAACAAAUUUUAUUUGACAAAAACAUAUGACCGUAUAUAGGCACAUCAUGACCAUAAAUAGGCACAUCAUGACUAUAUAUGAGCAUAGAAAAUUGUCAUGGAAAUUUGACAACCUAGACAGCUUUAAUCUCAGUCCACAGUAUCACAUUUUAUGCGACAAAUUUUUGAUGUGCCCUUAUAUGGGCAUGAUGAUGUCAUAUUACAUUCAAAUAUGGGCAUAUCACAUUUAUUUGUCCCAAUAGAUUUGAUAGUGUGGACAGAGUUUAUGCGGAUUACAUUUUAACAAAAAUUAACAACGCAAUCCUGGCGUCACCCCUGCUGGUAAACUGUUGGUGUGAAAAUCAAGAUACUUUCACAUUCGAAGUUGGAUGGAUGGGUGGAUGGAUUAUUUUCGGUGUAAACACCAAGGAUAAUCCACGAAAGUCUGAAGAAGUUUUAUUUCCAGUGAGAGAUUACGAUGGGAAUUAAACCGGGGACCAAGAGAUCUCCACAGUUCAGUGCACACUCAUUGGCUGCCACCAGUUAAGCCGACUGAGCUAAGCUGCUCUCUUUCUUGCUUGGCAGUGAUUUAGGUAGAAAUAUCUCCAGCAACAUUUAGCAUGCGUUCCAUGUAAUAAUUUUUCUAGUGUGAAUUUGGUAUAAUUUAUAGAGCAUCACGCAAGACGUAUGUCACUCACUGUUGAAUGAGAGAGUCAAUAAAGUCACCAAUAUUCAAUAUACUGUA